UAGCUCUAUUCAUUUUAACACAUUAUCGCUGGCUUCACAGAACCUACAACAACAAUGGCGGAGCCCUCCUUAAGUGGUUCAUGCUCGGAAGGAGCACGUCCGGUGGUCCCAGAUGAGGACAGAGACUUUGAUCCUUCAGCAGACAUGCUCGUUCAUGACUUUGAUGACGAGCGGACAUUGGAAGAAGAGGAAAAGCUGGAGGGAGAGACCAACUUCAGUGCCGAAAUUGAUGACCUCACUCGAGAGGGUGAGAUGCCCAUUGAGGAACUUCUGAAGUUGUAUGGCUACAGCACUGGUGGGUCUCCAGAGGAAGAGGAUGGAGAUGUUCAAGAGGAGGAUUCUUCAGAGAAUAACUGCAGCAGCCAUAGUAAACCCAAAGAGGACGAGAAGCAGGAGGAUGAUCAGGAGAAUCAAGAGGAUGAGGAUGUGCAGUCGUCUGGUGAGGAGCCUCCGUCCUGCAGUGUUUCUCACAGCACCGCUCAGCUCCUAUACCCUCGCCCAUCCAAUUACUUGGAAGGAGAUGAGGAAGAAUCUGAAGAUGAUGAUUAUAUUCCUUCUGAGGAUUGGAAGAAGGAAAUCAUGGUCGGUUCAAUGUAUCAAGCGGAGACUCCUGCUGGCCUUUGCAAAUAUAAGGAUAAUGAAAAAGUGUAUGAGAAUGAAGAUCAGCUUUUGUGGAAUCCAGAGUUAAUUCCAGAAGAUAAGGUUGUAGAGUUUUUAACCGAGGCGUCUAAAUGCAGUGGAGACGAGACUGGUGUCCAUGCAAUUCCUGAAGGAUCUCACAUCAAAGACAAUGAACAGGCUCUUUAUGAGUUGUUUAAAUGCAACUUUAAUUCGGAAGAAGCUUUAAGACGACUGAAAUUUAAUGUGAAGCCUGCCAAAGAGGAAAUGUCAGUUUGGACGGAAGAGGAGUGUCGAAGUUUUGAGCAAGGACUCAACUCUUACGGAAAAAAUUUCAGCUCAAUACAAGCAAAUAAGGUGAGAACUAGAUCUGUAGGGGAAUGUGUGGCCUUUUAUUACAUGUGGAAGAAAUCUGAGCGUUAUGAUUUCUUUGCACAGCAAACCAAGCUUGGAAAAAGAAAAUACAGUCUUCGUCCUGGAGUUUUAGAUUAUAUGGAGUGUAUUUUGGAGAGCUCAGAGUCCAGUGGAUCUUCGUCUUCACUUCCCACCUCUUCAAACAACAGCAAACACCCAUCUGAGCCAGAGAGUGACACGAAUGCCCAGAACGGCGUAGGAAGCCAUUCCUCCAUUCCCCUUCUCUGUGUCACAGACGAGACAUCUCAGACAAACGGCUCCGCCACAUGUCCAGAGAUUUCCACGGCAAACACACCGCCCCGCUCAAACCCUGCCGCCAGCAGCCCGAGCGCACAAGUCAUGGAGAUCACAGUCAAACAGGAGGAGGAAGAAGAGCACUGUGAAAGACCUCUCAAAAGGCUUCGGACUGACACAGAGCCCAGCAGUGAGGGGUCUGUCCCCCACAACAAAACAGAAACCGUCUGACUCGCCAGCAGAAAGCCACAACUCCUGACCUCAGACGAGGGGUUGACACAGGCCCUGUUUAAGCAUGAAGGUAGCUGAGAUGUGUGUGUGUGUGUGUGUGUGUGUGUGUGUGUGUGUGUGUGAACUUCAGGGAUGCAAAUGAAGCACAUUUCUGUCCUCUCACAUUACUGCCGCUGAGCUCAGUUCAUAUCUCAAACACUCAUCAUGAUAGACUGUCGUAUCAGACAGCCAACUCUGUAGCAUUAUUUAUUAAUAUAGGUUAAGCUGAUCAAAUUGUUUGCUCUAUGUUUGAAAGAAACAUCUGAAAGACUGUAUUUUAUUGUGAAACCUCCGUCGUUUGGUGUGCAGGACGUUGCUCUAGCUGUAAAUGCACACUGUGGAAACCCCUCUUGGUUUUAUAUGAAGUGUAAUACUGUAAAUAUUCGAAAUCUGAACUUAUUAAAAAAAAAUACACUUUUUGUAUUUGGAACAUUUUGACUAUUUCAGGCGGUUGUAAAAAUGUCUUUUUAACGUUGCAACAUUCCAUCCUUUUCAUUUCUGAAUUUCCUAUUUGACCAAAGUGAAUGGUUGUUAUCGGUCUUUUAACACAAAGCAUUUUUAAUAGAUAUUUCCUCUUUAUAUGAAAUAUUGUCUUAUUUUUGUAUUUGAUAGCUAUUUAUUUUUUUUAAAUCAGAUAUUGGUGAUGCAUGAGGCCAGUAUACAGAGUAUAUUUGUAUAGGCUGGAACGAGUAGUCUUGAAUUAAAAAGGCAGAGCAGAAAUGAAUGGUGCUAUUUAUUCAUUUUCUCACUGUGAGAAAGUCAACCCAUCCUUAAUAUUUUUUCUUUUUAAGUUUUCUAGGACCUCUUAUUCCUUUCAGAAAUGGUAGAGGAAAGUGGAAUCUACGGUUUCUGUAAACUGGUUGUCAUUCAUGUCUGCAUAGCUCAGGAAAAUAAGUACGGAAACAUAGGGUGUGUCAAAUAGUUGUCAGUUUCGAUUAGUGAACUACUCAUUCAUUAAACUCAGACUUAUUACCCAAA